AUGGAAGACUACGAAGUUUUUGAUGUUGAGGACUUAAAUGAUUUUUUGGAAGAACUUGAUAAACAAGAAAGCUCUUAUAAUAAUAAUGUAAAUUCUGAAGUAGAAAUUUAUGGAAUUACCUCAAAUGUUGAAUGGGACAUUACCUCCAUAGAACCUGAUACUAGAGAAGAGGAUAUGUUUAGAAAAAAGACCUUGUACGAUUUAUUCCGAAAACGUCGGGGUUACCUAAAUGUUACCGAUUUAGUAUCACCAUUAUGGUGUGAGGUGCAACAGGAGUAUUAUUUGACCAAAAACUUAAAAAAGACCUCUCCCCAGAUGACCAAAGGAAGCUCUGUACAUCAACAUCUCGAAUACGAAACGACGCCGCCUACAGAUCGUAUCUUACUUGAUAAAGCCUCAAAAGAAGAGCCUUGGGCUCUUAAAAUUCUGAAGCAAAUUGAAGGGCUUCAUCAGUUAUCGAUGAAUGGAAUUACUCGUGAAUUUCCCAUUUGGGGGUUUUACAAAGAUUCUCUCAUUAUGGGGAUAAUUGACGAAAUUAGCCUUGGUCAGCAAGGAAAAGCUAGUAAUGAACAUAAAGAUAUCCGUGACUAUUGGCAUCCAGCUGCAAAAGAUAUUUAUUUUACUGAUAAUAAAACCAGGUUCUCUAAUACGAGACCAAGUGACUCCCAAGUCUAUCAAUCGAAGAUACAAGUUAUGUAUUACGCUCAUCUUUUUCUUCAUUAUUUUCCUUCAUUGAACUUACAGUCUACUAAGCCUUUGUACGUUAAACCAAAUGAACUAAAUAAAGAAACAGAGAGAACAUCUUGGUUUAGUUCGUUUUUUAAGUGCCUGAACUUGGAUGGCCAUAAAGAUCUGGGCGAAAAGUUUUUGGAGCAGAGUAUUCGGACAAUACCAACCAUUCCUGAAGAUGAGUUUCGAAACAAUAAUUCACUGGAUGGACUUUACAAAUUAUGUUCAAAAAUCUCUCGGAGAUUGCGUCUGAACAUUUCCGAUCAAAACUUGGGUAUUGCAUAUUGGAAUCCCCAAUCACAACAGCUUUUGUAUGUUGAAAAAUUUGAUCAUGAACCGAUAGUCUUAGAAAAUUGCUAUAACCGGGAAAACUCAUUCUGGCGGACCAUGAGAGAGCCUAUAGGCGUACCUCCUAACGAAGUUUUCAAAUGUCGCAGUUGCGAAUUUCGUGAUGAAUGUUGGUGGCUUCAGAAAAAGCAGACACUGCCCAUUUCAUAUGAAUAA